GUGAUGGGAUUCACAGUGUACGCCUAUUACCACUCCUUCGCGCUCUUCUACGGUGGCGUAACCAGUGGGGGGUUCUUUACUCCCGCGCUCUUCACUUUCGUGCUGGGUCUCUUCUUGCUACUGGUCACACUGCUUGGAUUCUUUGGUAGUUUAAAAGAGAGUACUUGUCUGGUCAAUUUGUAUGCACUUGUUUUAACAAUUUUGCUUAUUAUGAAGUUUGUUGUGGUCAUUCUGGCGUUUACUUUAGACACAGCUGCAAUAAAGGAAUUUUUGCAUAUACCAAUUGAAAAAUAUGUUACCGACUUAGAAAUCGAAAUGGAAAUCGAUCGGAUGCAAAGAUCUUUAAACUGCUGCGGAAAUGAAUCUUUUUUCGACUACGUGGGUAUGAAUUUCACGAGCCAUAACUCCGUAACAGUAUUCCCGACCCCCAACGGAGUUGUUACAGUCCCAGCGUCCUGCUGUAUCACAGAAGGCCAGGAAUACUGUUUUAACAUAAAGACUAUGGGUUGUCAGUCUGCUUUGAUGAGCUUGUUUACGAGAAAUUCCAGCGCGAUUGGUAUUUUGGGAAUUACUGUUACUAUCAUGAAGGUGCUGGGCAUAGUAUUCGCGUUACUCCUCGCUCGUUGUAUCCGCCGAGCGAAGAGCGAGAGGGGACUGAUAGCGUGGACAAACACCGAGCGAGAAAUAGCGGCGCGCCAGCAACAGGCUCAACCUACGCAAGACAUUACAAAUGAUAGUGGCAGCUCCAAUGCAUAAUGCUGCUCCGUGAUUCAUAGCACAAUAUGAACAGGAACCAAAUCCUUUUUUUUUUUAAAAAAGUAAAAUUCCUACUUAUUGACGUAUUUUAACCUUAACUUAAUUAGCAAUCAGGACGCCUUGGCAUGCUAAUUUUUAGUUUUAAUUAUUAUUUUUUAAUUUUGAUCAUGUUUUAUAUUGUGUACAAUAAAAUAUUUCUUCUUCUUC